CCUCCGUUAAAGAAAGCUAAAGGUGGGGCCUUUUGAGAGUAUAAAAUGGGCUGCAGAGGGCCGCUCUUCUCACCAAUCCAUCCCGACUCCGUUCACUCCGUUUUCUUGAUCUCCACUUUGGCUUUUGAAGGAGAUCACCGGUAGCAAUGCCUCAGCGCAGCUUGACCCGUGCUCACAGCGUCCGGGAGCGCAUCGGCGACUCUCUUUCUUCCCAUCCAAAUGAACUGGUGGCUCUUUUCUCAAGGUUCAUUCAUCAGGGAAAGGGGAUGCUGCAGCCUCAUCAGCUGUUGGCUGAAUAUGCAGCCGCCUUCUCUGAAGCAGACAAGGAAAAGCUCAAGGAUGGUGCCUUUGAGGAUGUCAUCAAAGCCGCACAGGAAGCCAUUGUCAUCCCUCCAUGGGUUGCUUUAGCUAUCCGUCCAAGGCCAGGAGUUUGGGAAUACGUCCGCGUGAAUAUCAGCGAGCUUGCCGUGGAAGAGCUGACGGUGCCGGAGUACCUGCACUUCAAGGAAGAACUUGUUGAUGGCAGCUCGCAGAACAACUUUGUGCUGGAGUUGGAUUUCGAGCCAUUCAAUGCUUCGUUUCCUCGUCCCUCGCUCUCAAAAUCUAUCGGGAAUGGAGUGCAGUUCCUCAACCGUCAUCUUUCUUCAAAGUUGUUCCAGGACAAAGAAAGCUUGUACCCAUUGCUUAAUUUCCUCCGGAAGCAUAACUACAAGGGCAUGUCGAUGAUGCUGAAUGACAGAAUACAAAGCCUUAGUGCUCUCCGAGCAGCAUUAAGGAAGGCAGAGCAGCAUCUGUUGAGCAUCCCAUCGGACACGCCAUACUCGGAAUUCCACCACAGAUUCCAAGAGCUUGGCUUGGAAAAGGGUUGGGGUGACAAAUCUCAGCGCGUGUACGAGAAUAUUCACCUGCUACUAGAUCUUCUCGAGGCCCCUGAUCCGACCACCUUGGAGACUUUCCUCGGAACAAUUCCUAUGAUGUUCAACGUCGUGAUCCUUUCUCCGCACGGCUACUUUGCUCAAGCUAAUGUCUUGGGGUAUCCCGACACUGGUGGUCAGGUUGUCUACAUUCUGGAUCAAGUCCGUGCCUUAGAAAAUGAGAUGCUACUGAGGAUCAAGCGCCAAGGGCUUGAUAUCACGCCUCGAAUUCUCAUUGUUUCCAGAUUGCUUCCUGAUGCAGUAGGCACCACUUGCGGGCAGAGACUUGAGAAGGUCCUUGGGACUGAACACACCCAUAUACUUCGAGUGCCAUUUAGAACGGAUAAUGGAAUUGUCCGCAAAUGGAUCUCCCGUUUUGAAGUGUGGCCUUACCUAGAGACCUACACCGAGGAUGUUGCAAAUGAGUUGGCAGCAGAACUGCAGGCCACUCCUGAUCUAAUCAUUGGAAACUACAGUGAUGGAAAUCUGGUGUCAACUUUGCUUGCACAUAAAUUGGGAGUCACCCAGUGCACCAUUGCCCAUGCGCUCGAGAAAACCAAGUAUCCCAACUCGGACAUCUACUGGAAGAAGUUCGAGGACCAGUAUCAUUUCUCGUGCCAAUUCACGGCUGAUUUGAUCGCAAUGAACCAUGCCGACUUCAUCAUCACCAGCACCUUCCAGGAGAUUGCUGGAAGCAAGGACACCGUGGGGCAGUACGAGUCUCACACUGCCUUCACUCUUCCUGGGCUCUACCGAGUCGUCCACGGAAUUGAUGUCUUCGACCCAAAGUUCAACAUUGUUUCUCCUGGUGCUGACUUGUCCAUUUACUUCCCGUACACCGAGAAGCACAAGAGACUCACUUCCCUCCACCCAGAGAUUGAGGAGCUGCUCUUCAAUCCUGUCGAUAACACCGAGCACAAGGGUGUUCUGAAUGACAAAAAGAAACCCAUUAUAUUCUCCAUGGCGAGACUGGACCGAGUGAAGAACUUAACAGGUCUGGUCGAAUUCUAUGGCCGGAGUGAUCGCCUGAAGGAGCUGGCAAACCUUGUGGUGGUUUGUGGAGACCAUGGCAAAGAAUCAAAGGAUCUGGAGGAACAAGCAGAAUUCAAGAAGAUGUACAGUCUCAUUGAGAAGUACAAUCUGCAUGGGCAUUUCCGGUGGAUCUCUGCCCAAAUGAACCGAGUUCGCAAUGGGGAGCUCUACCGAUACAUUGCCGACACGAAAGGAGUUUUCGUUCAACCUGCAUUCUACGAAGCGUUUGGGCUCACUGUCGUCGAAUCCAUGACUUGCGGACUGCCGACAUUUGCCACUGUUCAUGGAGGACCUGGUGAAAUUAUAGUGGAUGGGGUGUCUGGUUACCACAUCGAUCCUUACCAGGGCGACAAAGCUGCCGAAAUCGUCACAAACUUCUUUGAUAAGUGCAAGGAAGACCCGAGCCACUGGGACAAAAUUUCCCUAGGAGGGCUGCAAAGAAUAGAAGAGAAGUACACCUGGAAGCUCUACUCUGAGAGGCUGAUGACACUGACUGGAGUUUAUGGUUUCUGGAAGUACGUAUCGAACCUGGACCGGCGUGAGACUCGUCGUUACCUCGAGAUGUUCUACGCCCUCAAAUACCGCAAUUUGGCUGUGUCUGUACCACUGGCAGUUGAAGGAGAAGCUGCGGUUAAUGGCGCCAAGUAGAACUGAGUGGGAAGCGUCGUCACUGUCAUCGCUGAGUUGAUCUGUCUGUUUACGAAUCAGAGGACUACAAGGGAGAGGCUUUCGUCGCGAGUUUUCGUCUCAAUUAACAUGAGCUGCUGCUUAGCAAAGUCAAAAAUGCAAAAAAGAUCGUCUUUUGAUGUUUUCAGAGUGUUGUGUAAGCCUGGAAUGCCAGUGUUCUGUUGCAAUAAAAUUAGCCUCCUUUUUCAUUACCAAAA